AUGGCCGCAGGGGCGUCGGUGCGCGCGGGGGUGGCGGGGGUCCCUUACGGGCACGUGGUCGGCAGCGAGAAGUGGAGGGGCUCGCGGCUGGCGCGGGGGCUGCAAGGGCCGGUGCGGCUGAUCCUGGAGGAGGACCUGGCUCUGGUAGAUUUCCACCUGCCCCAUGGUACCUGCAUUCUGUAUGUGUCUGAAGCCGAUGUGGUGGCGGGAAAUGGCUUCCGAAGACGCCUGGCCCAGUUCAGGAGUGCCAGCAAUCUGAAUGGGAUCGUGAUGGUGGAGAGGACCACAACAAGCGAUCAGUACUUCCCAGCCAUGCAGAACUUUGUCGUACUGGAGCUUGGCAUGACAUUGCUCCCCGUGGCCAACCAGGAGGAAGCCUCGCAGCUUAUUAUCCAGCUAGUCCAUGAGCAAAGCAAAGAUCGCACUAGUAACCCCUUUCUUCGUAAGCAGUGUUCCCAGCUCACCCACGCAUCCAUACUUCGGACGGUCCAGCAGAUUCCAGGUGUUGGGAAAACAAAAGCUCUACUUCUCUUGCAGCGAUUUGGAAGCAUCCACCAGCUCUGCAAUGCGUCUGUUCAAGAGCUUGAGCAAGUAGUGGGACAAACAGUAGCACAACAAAUUUAUGCUUUUUUCACACAGACAAAUUAACAUUUGCUUGCUGCUGUCACAGACAGAUACAAGUGCUCUCUGUUUUGGACGGGGCUGUUAUGCAUUCAAAGUGGGAUUGAAUUUUUUUUUUAACUCUGUUUUUGUUUAUUGCCAUCUAGCGCACAUGCUGUGGGGUCAUUGUCACCCCUGAUCUGCAGCUGGAGAGAUGAGCAGGGAUUUAGAGAUUUUACUUGGUUCAUGUUACCACUGGUCUAACCGCACUUAUCUGGUCUUGAUCUUAUACUAGGGGGACAGGUAGACAUCUUGCAGGGUAGAAAAAUUUAUGGAGUGCUAGGAAGUGUGGGAUGUGCCCUUCCACGAACAGAAGGCUAAAAAAGUGAUACUUUUAUUUAUCUUGGCAAGCAGUGUAUUUUGGUCUAUCUAGCUGUUUUGUUUGCUUGCUCCAUAAGGAUAAACUGUAGGAUACUCAUUUUGCAUUUAAUAACAAUGGAGAAGAUCAGUUAUGCUCAGAGACCUAUAAGUAAUAAAGAAUUGUUGUGCUGAAGAGAGUGA